AUGGACGCUCUUAUUCCUAUUCUUAAUAAACUUCAAGAUGCAUUUAAUACUGUCGGUUCAGAUAGUAUUCAAUUACCACAAAUUGUUGUUGUUGGUUCACAAAGUGCUGGUAAAAGUUCAGUAUUAGAAAAUAUAGUUGGACGAGAUUUUCUUCCUCGUGGUACUGGAAUUGUUACAAGACGUCCAUUAACUCUUCAACUUAUUUAUACACCUUCAGAAGAAAAACAAGAUCAAUGUCAACGUUUAGGAAUCCCAAUACCUAAUGAAAAUGAAUUUGGUAUAUUUACACAUGUUAAAGAUCGAGUUUAUACAGAUUUUAAUGAAAUUCGAAAAGAAAUUGAAGCUGAAACAGAUCGACUUGGUGGAAAAAAGAAUAUUUCUAAAGAACCAAUAACGUUAAAAAUUUAUUCACCAAAAGUUGUUACAUUAACAUUAAUUGAUUUACCUGGUUUAACAAAAAUACCUGUUGAUGAUCAACCAAUUGAUAUUGAACAUCAAGUACGAAAUCUUAUUAUGGAUUAUAUAUCAAAUCCAAAUGCUGUUAUUCUUGCAAUUACACCAGCUAAUGUCGAUUUUUCAACAUCAGAUGCAAUAAAAUUUUUUAAAUUACCUUCACAAAUAUUAUUUGUUCAAUGA